AGGUUUCUCACUGCAUUGGCGGCCGGAAAAAGAAUUUUAGGUCUGGUUGUGAAGACUAAGAAGGUAAACAAAGCUCAGUCCAGUGUCAUCUCCGAAACACGUACUGUAGACAAUGUCCCGAUUCAGAAGAGACAAAGUGGACUCUAUGGCCGGCUUCCGAACGGAGAAACCGGAAGCUCCGGUACCGUACGGUCUUCUGAAAGCAGCGAGGAAGAGUGGGCAACUCAACCUGUCAGGGAGAGGACUGACAGAAGUCCCUCAGAGUGUGUACCGUUUGAACGUGGACACCCCAGAGGAAGCCAAUCAGAAUGUCUCCUUCGGUGCAUCAGACCGCUGGUGGGAACAGACUGACCUUGCCAAACUGCUGCUGUCAUCCAAUCAGCUGACAGAGUUGUCUGAUGACAUUAGACUGCUGCCAGGACUCACUACACUGGAUCUCCAUGACAACCAGCUGAGCAACUUACCAAGUGCAUUAGGAGAACUGCAGGAACUGCAGCAGCUGAGACUCAGUCAUAACCAGCUGACAUCACUGCCAGUAGAGGUGUGUGCUUUGAAGAACCUUCGCAGCCUUACGUUACAGAAGAACCUGCUGGAGAACCUGCCAGAAGAACUGGGUGAACUGGAGUGUCUGACAGGUUCGGACGUGUCCAACAACAACAUGAAGGACCUUCCAUCAGGUCUGGGUCACCUCACCUGUCUGCAGAAACUUAAUGUGUCUCACAACAAGCUGACCUGUCUGCCUGACUCUCUGCCCAAGCUCACAAAAGUCAAACUCCUGGAUUGCAGCAACAACCAGCUGACCCAUGUUCCUGCCAGUCUGUCAGAGAUGCUCGCUCUGGAGCAGCUCUAUCUCAGGCACAACAAGCUCCGUCUCCUACCUCAGCUGCCUGCUCCUGCCCUCAAGGAGUUGUACGUUGGCAACAACCAGAUCGAUCGGUUGGAGACCGAGCAGCUCUCCAGCCUGGCAGCUGUUUCUCUUCUGGAGCUCAGAGACAAUAAGAUCAAGUCCCUCCCUGAGCAGAUCACUUUACUGAACACACUCACACGGCUGGACCUGACCAACAACAACGUUUCCACUCUUCCGGCCACUCUCAGCCUCCUCCCUAACCUGAAAGUUCUGUUGUUGGAGGGAAACCCACUGAGAGGAAUCAGGAGAGACCUGCUGGCUAAAGGAACCAAUGAGCUGCUGAAAUAUCUGAGGGGGAGAAUUCAAGAGGAACCUGAACAAGUGGACAACAGACCCACGGCCAUGACGUUACCCAGUCAAUCCAACGUCAACGUCCACAACAUCAAAACACUCAAGUUAUUGGAGUACACUGGGAAACAGGCAGAUGUCGUUCCAGAUGAAGUUUUCGAUGCUGCAGCAGGUCAGAGUGUGGUCACUGUGAACUUCAGCAAGAACCAGCUGACCUCUGUACCCCCCAGACUGGUAGAGUUCCAUUCCUCACUGUCAGACAUUAACCUGGGAUUCAACAAACUCACCUGCUGUUCUCCUGACAUCUGCAAACUACUGCAGCUGACACACAUCGACCUCAGGAAUAACCAGCUGAGUGAUUUACCCUCUGACCUGAAGACCUUAACUAAACUACGAUCCAUUAUCCUGAAUUAUAACAGGUUUAAGUCCUUCCCCGAGGUCCUCUACCAGCUGGUUUCGUUGGAGACGGUGUUGCUUGGUAACAACCAGGUUGGCGGCGUGGACCCGAGCCAUCUGGUGAAGAUGGUUAAUCUGUCUACGCUGGACUUGUCAAACAACGACUUGCUCAACGUCCCUCCUGAACUUGGUCUCUGCAGCAGCCUCAGGUGUCUCAGUCUGGAGGGGAACCCUUUCCGGACCCCCAGAGCAGCAAUCGUGGCCAAAGGCACAGACGCAGUCCUAGAUUAUCUGCGCAGCCGCAUACCAACAUGAAACUCUCUUCACCAGAACAGCUUCUCACACACUUCUCUGAUUUUUUUUUUCAAUCAGUUCACAUUUCAAUUUUUAUUGAUCUGUUCAAACCAAAGAUCAGACACUAGUGUACAGUAAUCACUGACAAAAACACUAAAUAAAAGUGUGGUGUGCAUGAUGAUUGGUCUUCAGGUGCCACCUGAAAAUA